AAGUAUCGCGAGAGCAGCGGGGCAGAAGGGGAAAGCGGAAGAGCGUAGCUAGUUAGCGAAUAAGCUUUAUAUUCGUUAAUAUUUACAUAACAUCCGAUUUAUAAAUCCAAUUUUGGAAUUAUAAACAUAUGUUGAGAGUCUAAGUAUUAAUCGAACUACUGUCACACUCGAUUAGACUACACAAUGGAUUCAAAGUCAAUCAAUCUGUCUCCGAGAGAAGAAGGGGAGCUCGAAGACGGAGAGAUCUGCGAUGAUGACACCGAGGAAAAGAUGUUUGCGCAGCAGCAGGGUAAAAAGAGGCCUAGUAGCAUGAAUAACAGCAACUUCUCACGGAAUACACGAAAAUCGAAACAACCGGCACGAACUUUACUACCUGUCGUGGGUAGCCAGCCUACAGAUUUUCGACUUUUAAUUCCAUACAACCGAGGACCUCAUUCGCACAGUUCCGGCUUUACCGCAAACCACAGACAGCAAGGCGGACCAAGUGGACCCGACCGGCCGCCACUGGGACCACGCUGUGACCAGAGCCCGCGUUCCAGUUUCUGGGAACGAAGUCACACAGCCCUGGAUCGAUUGAGGCACCGGGGGAAACUAGAUGACGGUCGCGGGGAUUGGGGACGAGGAGGCUGGGGAGACGGGUGUGGGGGAGGGAGAGAGGCUGGUAGGCCCCCCACUGGUCGUUAUGGGCCCGGGGAGAAUCACAGUAACAAGAAAGAAUCUCCCUCGAGAAACAAACAGAAGGUAAUGAUGGGGAGGAAUCAGGUAAGAAACCAACAGAUGAUGCACAACAACAAUGUUGCCAAAGUCGAGAAUGGGCUUGACGAGAGUUUUGAGGAUCUGCUCACCAAGUACAAGCAGAUUCAGCUGGAGCUGGAAUGUAUUAGAAAAGAAGAGAACCUGGUUCUGAAGCCCAAAGACCUGCCAGCUCAGAACGAGUCUGAGGUCUCUGCAAGUAUUCCCCAAACCGAGCCAUUACUCGACGCUAACAGUAUUCCCAAUGAAGCCGCAGCAGAGGACCCGCCAGGCCCAGAGAAGACGGAGGAGAAAAGGGUUUUUCAGGCGUUCAAUCUCAAACCUCUACGUCAGAAACUCCUCACUCCUGCAGAAAUUGACGCGCUCAAAACAAAAACGGAAAAGAAAGACUCAGAGAAGGAGGACAGUGACAUGGAAAAAGGUCAAGUUGAACCAGCUGCUAUCCCGGCUGCUACUCCCAAAGGAGAUGAGGAAAAAGAUGGUGUGGAGAAAGAGGCAGACAAAAAAGAGGGGGAGAAGGAUGCAAAAAUAUGUUGUGUUUGCUGUGGCAGGGAAUCAGAUUACCUGGAGAAAGAAGGUGAGAAGGAUACAAAAGUCUGCUGUGUGUGCUGCAGCAAAUCAUCAGAGGACUCCACUAAAUCCCCUGUCAAGCCUGAAGUGAAAGGGAGUAAUGAAGAUGAGGACCUGUCUGAGCUGCAGCUGCGUCUCCUGGCCCUGCAGUCAGCCAGCAGGAAGUGGCAGCAGAAAGAACAGCAAGUGAUGAAGGAGAGCAAAGAUAAGAUCACCAAGGCCAAGCCCUCCCAGGAGAAGAGCUCCUCCACCUCCAGUGCCAAACCACCAGAGAGGGGCAGAGUCACCACCAGGUCUGCCUCUGCUGCCUCGGAGAAGGCCAAAGCUCUGGCCAACAAGCCCCAGGAGAAGACCAAGGUUGGGGCAAAGCCUCCAGCGGAGAAGGGCAAAGCUCCGGUUAAGGGGUAUCCAGGGAGGAAGACAGUCAGCCCAGGCUCAGCAGCCAAACAGGCUUUCCGAAAGCAGCAGCUAAGGACGUGGAAGCUCCAACAGGAGAGAGAUCAGGAGGAGCAGCGUAGACGGGAGGAGGAGCAGCGUAGACAGGAGGAGGAGGAGCGCCGCAGGAGGGAGGAAGAGAUCCGCAAGAUCCGGGACCUUUCCAAUCAGGACGAGCAGUACAACCGCUUCAUGAAGCUGGUGGGCGGGUCCAAGCCACCGCGCAACCGGAGCAAGUCCAAGGACCGAGACCACACCAGGAAGUCUUCUGGCAAACAGGGAUUGGACACCUCAGGGAACCUCUACCAGUACGACAACUAUGACGAGGUUGCCAUGGAUACUGAUAGUGAGACCAAUUCCCCAGCGUCUUCUCCAGUACAUGAUCCAUUUGAGGUCCCAGGAUGCUUCAGUCACAUGCCCAUGCCUUUCCCUAUGGAUUCCCCCACACAAUGCAGAAUGGUUUUGGGACAGCCGCGUUUCCUGUCCGUCAUUCCGUCUGCGCCCCCUCCACCCUUACCCCCAAUGCCCCCACCCCCAGAUGAGCUGGAGCCUCCCCCAAAGCCGCCUUUUGCUGACGAGGAAGAGGAAGAGGAGAUGUUGCUCAGAGAGACCUGCCUCAUGUCCAUGGCCAACAAGAAGGUUCCACUACUCGAGGAUAUGACCCUUGACAGCAGCCCCCUCUCUCCCUCCCUCCUGGUCAGUCUGGUCCAACCAGUGCCCAGGAGCAACCCUAGUGUGGUCAGCCUCAACACUGCACCCCAGCCAUGGAGCAACAAGUUCAGCCGAGGGCACCACCUUCCCAGGCUACCACUGAUGCUCCCACGGCACAAGGCGGUGGUGGUACAACUGAACGGUUCAGACGACAGUGACUCAGACAUGGAGGCCUGCAGCAGCUCUACACAGACACAUUCUGUCUUUGGAGGCCUGGAGUUCAUGAUCAAGGAGGCACGCAGGAACGCAGAGGCAGCGAAACCCAAACCGACUUCAGGACCUGAGAAGGAGAACAAGCCAGGCAGAACCCCGGAGGCGCUAUCUGAAGAGAAGAAGACUGAGUAUCAGCUGCUCAAAGAAGAAAUAGCCAGUAGGGAGAAGCAGAAGAUUCUGAAGGACCACAGUCCCCAAGGUGUGCCCUCUCCUGCAGGCUCUGAUCCUGAUGUGGACUUUGCUGCAAAGGCAGCGGUCGAGCUGCAGCUGACCGAGGCAGAGACUAGGCUGACCAAACACGGGAACCUGCUCCUGAAGGAUGAGGCCAUCCUGAGGCAGCUCUUACAGCAGGAGCAGAAGAAGGAGGAGGCAUUGAAGGCAGCUGAGGCCAAAGUGGCCAAGGUCAAAGAACAGCUCCUGGCCUCAGAGAAGAUAGUCAGUGCCAACAAGACUCUCCUCAACAGACUCCAGGAACAGGUUCAUCGUGUUCAGCACCGCGUGUCAGUGAAGAAGAACCACAGCCUGAAGCUGGAGGAGGUGCUGGUCCAAGCCCAGGCCGCCGCAGGCAGAAAGCCAAGUGGUCAGAAACGACGCACGGACAUCAGCCACUCCUCGCCUGUGAAACGUCUGUGUGUGGAAGUCUCCGUCGCUCCCCGCGGCUCAGAAAGGCACUUCGCCGACCUCCUUGCCCAGAAGCAGCGUCUGCAGCAGCUGGAGUCAGAAUACGCCCUCAAGAUCCAGAAACUAAAGGAGGCCCAGGCUCUCCACAACAGAGGGGCGGUCCCUGAACCCCCUCUACCCCAGGCCACCUCCACCCCUCUCCCCAGGGCUCGCCACCCCAGCAUUCCCCCCACCAGCCCCUUCCCCCUGCCCCAGCCCUCCCUGCAUGACCUCACCCAGGAUAAACUCACCCUGGUCAGCAGCGAAGACCCUACCGAGACGGAGGAGAGCGACUUGGAACCUGCCGCCACAGCCAGGCCCUCAGCCCAGAGUGUUCGUAGACGCUCCUUCAGAGAGACCGGCUCCUUCACCAAGCCUAAGCUGGACUCUGGUGGGACUGGGCUGGUCAAGGAUAGUCCAGCCAAGCCAGUUGUGGUUAAGGCCUCGGGGCCCGGGGAGCUGUUCCUGGGGCUAGAGGUGGAGGCCCUGCAGAGGAGGGACCAGCAGCAGGCCAGGCUGGGAGAGCUGCUGCUGGGGGAACUACGGGCGCUAGGAGGCGCUGUGGAGAAACCCCCUUCUGGGAAGGUGAUAUCGGAGGAUGUGGACACCAUGGCUGCCCAAUCAGGCCAUGCCGAGCUGAAGCCUGUCCCGUUUGGACCAUAUCGCAGCCCUCUCCUGGUCUUCAAGUCUUAUCGGUUCAGUCCAUACUUUCGAACCAAGGAGAAGUUAUCACUCAGUUCUGUGUCUUACAGCAAUGUUGUAGCUCCCAAAAAGUGUUUCUGUGGCUUUGACCUCACGGGCACAUGCAAUGACGAUGACUGCCCGUGGCAGCACAUGAGAAACUGCACUUUUGGUGGAAACCAGCUGUUCCAGGAUAUCCUGUCGUACAACUUGGCCCUGAUUGGCUGCUCUGAGAGCAGUACUGGUGAUGUCAUCAAUGUUGCCACAGAGAAGUAUAUAAAACAGCUGUUUGGGGCUAACAACGAUCGCAUGGGGAUGGACCAGAAGGCUGUUCUACUCGUCAGCAAAGUGAACGAAAGCAAAAGACAUGUCCCUCCCUUCACCACGUGUAAGGAUCUCAGGAGGUGGAGGCCUCAGCCCGCUUACCAGGCUAGCCCAAACACAGGGGACGACAGCUGGGACGAGAGUAGAGACACUGGUCCAGUUAAAUACGACGGUUGUUCCAAGAGAAGUCUGUCUUCUACCAUGGAUGUGUGUGUGACCCCUGACGACAAGCGCUACUUCAUUAGUGAAACUGACGACAUAUCUAACCUGGAGACCAGUGUCCUAGAGAGCCCACGCAACGCACAGCUCUGGAUCAAACUGGCCUUCAAAUACCUCAGCCAGAAAGAAGUGUCAGCGGCUGAGUGCCUGGAUGCUUCGUUGAACACUCUGUCUCGGGCCCUGGAAGAUAACCGGGACAACCCAGAGAUCUGGUGCUAUUACCUGUCUCUGUUCUCCCGUCGAGGGAAGAGGGAUGAGGUGCAGGAGAUGUGUGAGAUGGCUGUGGAGCACGCCCCCGACUACCAAGUCUGGUGGAGUUACCUAACCACGGAGAGCUUGUUUGAGGGGAAGGACUAUGUGUGUGGUCGUCUGCUGCAGUACCUGCUGGACUGUGUGGGGACUAGUGGUCUCUCUGAGAGGCUGUCCUUCCAGCUAUUAGAGUCUCUACUCUACAGGGUCCAACUCAGUGUGUUCACAGGCCGGCUACAGAAUGCCCUGGCCAUCCUACAGAAUGCCUUGAAGUCAGUCACUGAGCGGUGCAUUGCUGAUUACCUGACCAUAAGUGACCGUUGCCUGGUCUGGCUGUCCUUCAUCCACCUGACUGAGUUUGACCGCCUGCCGGCCAGUCUGUACGACCCGGCUAACUCCAACCCCUCCAGGAUGGUCAGCAUCGAGGCCUUCGCCCUCCCCUGGAGAACACCGCUCGACGUCCGCACAGAGCCUGACACACUAAUCGCUGUGUUCGAAGAUGCACUGCGACAGUGCACAGACCAGACUCUGCCUCCCAGUGAGAGAACCCUGGCCUGUCUGCCUCUACACACUAACCUCAUCACUACCUAUAGCCUGCUGGGAAGGUACGAUGCAGGCCUGGAGCUGUGUGAGUCCCUGUUGGCGCUGUGCCCGCAUUCAUGUGCCCUGUUGGAUGCCCUGUCAGGCCUGUAUGUGGGGAAGGGGGAUGGUGAGCAGGGUGUUGGGGUGUGGCUACGGGCACUGUCCCAGUGUCCACACAACGCAGAGGUCUUCUACCACACCUGCAAGUUCCUCAUGGCUCAGGAGAAGUCCAGUUGCAUCGCUCCUCUGUUCCGGGGGUUCGUCCUGUCUUUCUGUGACAAGGAGAGAAGUGACCAGCAACCUGUGGAUGUGCUACGGUACAUCAUUGGUAUUCCAACAGUGGACAUCCUAAGAGGCCCAGUUAUCAAAAAACAACUUAAAGAGCAGCUUAGCCACCAGAUGCCUUACCUAAACCUGGUCCAUUGUCUGUGGCAGUGGGUGCACGGUAACGUUGGAGAGGCGAUGGAUACGUUUGAGAGAGCCCUCGGAGCCGUAAUGCCGCUAGACGUUCUUCACAAGCUGUGGAUAGAUUAUCUCCUCUUUACCAGCAGUAAGCUAGCUGGGAGCCCCUCCAACAGCAGAGAGCUCCGGGUGUUUUCAGCCUUGGUUCAGCGUUGCCUAGUAACUGUCCCGUCUAGGCUUGAGGUUCCGUUCAGCUCGGCCCAGUACUGGAGCUGCUUCAGAUUUCACAACAAGGUUGUCUCCCACUACCUGAGCUGUCUGCCUCAUACCCAGCACCCCCACGUCCUGGAGAGACUACGAUACACCAUGCCCACCAAUGCUGAACUUGCCCUGAGGUUGCUGCAUCAAGAAUGGCAGGAUGGAAACAUAGAACAUCUGAAAUUCCAAGCCAGAAUGUUGAGCAGUAGCGUUCCAAACUGUCUGGCCAACUGGAAAAUAGUGAUCGCUGUGGAGAGGGAACUAAAGGAGCGCUCCGAGGUCCGGCUUCUUUAUCAGCAAGCCCUGCAAAACCUUCCACUGUGUGCCACCCUAUGGAAAGAUCGCCUGCUGUUUGAAGCUGCGGAGGGAGGUAAAACUGAUAAACUGAGGAAACUUGUUGACAAGUGUCAAGAGGUGGGAGUGAGUCUAAGUGAGCCCCUAAAUUUAUGCUCGAGCAAAACGGAGGGAGAGGAGCACUGAGGAUCAAAAAAAACUAGAUUCAAUCUAUCAGACCAGACCACUGCCAAGUUUAGCCAGAUAGGGGCAGACUCUGCUGCUAGCUGUCUUAGCAGCCCUCCCGCAGUAGCGCAGUCCCUGGGCGGUCGGGAGGUGUCCGCCCCUAGCAGGACGGUUGUUCGGUCAUCCCUGAAGCCAAUGAAUGAACUCCCUCCUCCCUGUCCAAACUCUGGGCCACGCACUCAGGGUUCUAUCCCCUAACAUCAUGUACGUAAGUAUAGACCUGCUAACUAAGUGACAUCUUUGCUGUUCUGUUUUUCAUUUACAUGUUUUUUUUUCUCUCGUACUGUCAAUUUGAAUUAUCUUUUUAUUUUGACCUUUAUGUACGGGGUUGGAGGAGUUGACAGAUUAUGACAUCCUGACAGGGAUGUUGACAUACGUCUGUCUUCAGUGUUUUUUAAAGGAUGUUUUCCCCCAAUAGUAACGCUCGCUGCUGCUAUCUACAUACAGUAUGUCACUUUUUGUUUUCCAGUGUCUUCCAAGGGAAGAGAUAAAUUACUCGUUUAUUUCGAUAUUUGUUUUAAGUGAUCAAAAUAAAUAAAACAAGUAACCACAUGAAAAUGAAAUGGCCUGCCAUGGUGACAACAAAAUGGCUGCCUACAUAAGUAUUUCUAUUUGGCCUCUAUCAUCACUGACACCUUUAUUUUUGAGACUGCCAGCCACAGACUGCUGAAUGCUGUGAUCUCCUCUCCGCCAGUCGACCAGCGGGGAAGAUCCUUUAAACGCAUCACUAGGCGAGGAUAGUCACAAACAUUUACUAGUUUAAAUGUUCUCAUGUGCAAUUUGGUUUUGUAAAAAAUAUAUUAUAAUGGUUAAGAGUAUUUGAGAGGAGGAGCCAAGGAUGAAAGUAUUUCAACUGUUUUUGAAUGUUGAAAUUGAAUGUGUUUAUAUUAAAUUAUUUUCUAAUUAA